GAACACCCUGUACUCUAUGAAUGUACCCAAGACAUACACUGGACACGUUUAUGAGAAUUAUGAGAAUGUUGUCCAGUUUUAUAGGAGAAGUGUUUUAAAGCUAUUAUACCUAUGAUACCAUCUUAGGAAAUCCCUUUGCUAAGAUUGUGUCUACUGGCUAACUUAACAGGAAGGACACCAAGAGGUCAUUUGAAUCAAUAAAUAGAAAGGGUUAUAUUAAUCAAGGAAAUUCAACUGACAGGCAUUCUUUCACCAAGGGCCAGCUGCGCCCUGAUCACUGUGCUAGAGGCUAGGGAUGAAAAGACCCAAGUGGAAGAGUUUCUGCCCCCUGAAGCCAGAUGGUACAAGUUAACUUAGGGGGAAGGGACUAGUAGUUUAGAAGAACAGAAAAGGUCUCAUGCAGAAGAUGAGAGUUUGAGCUGAAUCUUGAAGGAAACUAGAGAUUCUAGGGGACAGAUGGGUAACAAAGGCGUUCCAUCCAGGUACCUGGAACACCUAGGGCAAAGGCGCAAAUACAAGAUAUGAAGCACCGCUGAGGAACACUGGGAAGGUCAGUCUGGUGUGACCAAGGUGUGUGAGGAAGGGGAGUCAUAUGUAAUCAGAGCGGAGAGGUAGGGGGCGAAGUUCCGAAGGGAUUUAAAUGCCAAGGGAGAUUACAUCGGAUCUCAUAGGUAAAUGGGAGCCACGGAAAGUUUUUUUUUUUUUUUUUUGCGGGGGAGGGCGGGGGAUAACACAGUCGGACCUACGCUCUAGUAAUAACAAUAACACUUUGACAGCUGCGGGGAGGAUUGACUGGAAUAGGGAAGAGAUGAUCUAGGACGACUCGCAUGCAGGUUCCUGCAAAGGUGGAGGCUAGGGAAUCUGACAUUUGGUUGGGGGUGCAUGAGUGCAAGCGAGAGAUGUGAAGGUAGAAUGCGGACCUCAGAGAACUUAUGGCCUUUUUUGGGGGGGGGGGGGUGAGGGGGAAUAACAGAAACUGACAAGUCCAUUUGGGAAAUGCUGGUUGCUGGAACAACCCUGGAGUAGGGGAGCCGCAGUAAGAAGCACCAGCGCCUCCGCCCAGUGGAGACUGGAAGGAGCAAACUCCGCCGCUCCUCCUCCCUCGGUCCCUCCCUGACGCCGCUUCCUUAGCUCAUCUCCUAUUGGCCAGCGCCGUGAGGAAUCGGCUAAUGGGAACGGAGCCGGCCGGUUGACCCGCUGCACCGGGUCUGCGCAGACGGAAGUCUACGAGAGGCAACCGUGGCGGCGGAUCAGUCUCGCCGUGGAUUCUCGGAUUGUGAUCCUAACUGCUCUUGGUGGCCUCCCGCCCCGACUCUCUCCUGCCCUCUUUCCGCAGCCGCGCCGGGAAUGGUUCGAUUCGCUUUAACUGUUGUCAGACAUGGAGAAACAAGAUAUAACAGAGAGAAAAUACUUCAAGGACAAGGAGUAGAUGAACCUCUUUCAGAGAUUGGUUUUAAACAAGCAGCUGCUGCUGGUGAAUUUCUUAGUAAUGUGAAGUUUACUCAUAUUUUCUCAAGUGAUCUCAUGCGCACAAAACAGACUACUGCCAGGAUUUUGGAGAAAAGCAGAUUCUGUAAAGAAGCAACAAUAAAAUAUGAUAGGAGACUUCGGGAAAGGAAAUAUGGGAUUGCAGAAGGCAAACCUUUGUGUGAAUUAAGGGCAUUGGCCAAAGCAGCUGGGGAACAGUGUCCCAAUUUCACGCCUUCUGGAGGAGAAACAUUAGAUCAGGUGAAGUUACGUGCAAAGAACUUUUUUGAAUUUCUUUGUCAACUUGUCCUGAAUGAAGCUGGUCAAAAAGGACAGCCCACAUCAGGAAUAAAAGACAGUGGCCUGGAGGCCUUUCAAGCAUCUCCUUUAGGAAGCAACUUUGGUCUUGAUCGUAAUUCAGAUAGCGUUGCCCAGACGUUAGAUGCUAAUAUAUUGGUGGUGAGCCAUGGGGCUUACAUGAGAAACAUGUUUACUUAUUUUGUGGUUGAUCUAGAGUGUACUUUGCCAGCAGGUUUAAGCAGAUCUGAACUCAAUUCAGUCAGCCCCAAUACAGGGAUCAGUCACUUUAUAAUAAAUGUAGAAGAAGGAGCUAAAGGGAUUAAAUCAACCAUAAAGUGCAUUUGUAUUAAUCUGCACGAUCACCUAGCCAAAGUGACAGGAAGUACCUAAGCCCAAAUAAAUCAUCACUAGGACAUGACUAUUUUUGUGUCCCUGAAGGAGCGCCUUGCUUCCUAUAGUUAUGAUUCCAAAUGCUUGAAAAAGCUUUCAGAAAUAGGUUAUAAUGGAUAUGGAAAGCAGCAACAGAAAAACACUAAGUAAAACCCAGGGGGUGAGUUUUUAGUUGAGCUACUGGAAUUUUCCGAAAGAAAUGCCACUGUUUUCUUGCCAGGUUUUGACUUUGAAUAGAAAUGGAAAUGUCCUUGUUGAAGAAAUCUAGCGUUGUCAAAUGAAGUGUUACAACUUUUGAAAUAUAAUUUAUUAUCACGGUAUUUCAUGUAUUUCUUUAUUGUGCUAAACAUUAGCACUGAGAAUGGUUAUUUUUUAAUGACACUACCACAGUCUAUCAAAGAAUUGCUUAUGCCGAAGGACAUUUUUUCCUUUUUAACCAAUUAUGUCUAGAUUUUGCAGCUAAUUUAUCAAAUCAUGUUUUUCGUUUUGUUCUACUUUUUUAAUGUCAUUAUUUGUUUUUUAUGGCCAAAAAAAUAAAUAUAGCUUAUGUGAUUGGCUUUUGGUGAGCAGCAUACUGUAUAUUUCACUACCAAUUUUUAAUGUUUGGGAAAAGGAACUAUUUAUUAUGGAAUGUUGUCUCUUAGUUUAGAAUGCCUCUCUAUGUUGAAGAAAUCUACUUUCUGAAAUAAAAACAUUUAUCAACAUGAUGAGUUCAUAAAAAAUAAAAUAACAUUACUAUUUCUUGUGGAGAAAAUAAUUGUUUGGGCCUUUUAGAAAUAAGAUUGUUUAGAAAGAAGAAGAAAAGCCCAAAUUAUUAAAACAAAAUGGACUACUAAAUCCCAGAAACUUGGAGCAAUACUUGAUUUAAACCAAAGGCUAGGAGAAGAUUUUUUUUAAAAGUCGUCCCUCAUUCAAGAAACUUUUUUGGUCUAAAUCCUAGCUCUGCUACUACUAGCUGUGUGGCCUUUGGCAGGACCUUGCUUUCUGACCUUUCUGAGCCUCAGCUCCCUUAUCCAUAAAUUAAGGGGAUUAGAUUAGAAGGUCUCUGAUGUCAUUUCCAGUUCUGACAUUCUGAGUAAGAAAGGAUAAAAUUCAACUUGGUUCCUAAAUGAUCCUGUCAGGCAAAAGAUAAAUUAGUGGAGGAAAGAGUGAGGCCAGAGAAGUAGCCUUGGAGAAGCAAGUUCAACUGCUCAGAGAAUGAAGAAAGAAGAAGGGUUGGUGUGAAUUUAGUUUAAGGCAGAGGAUCUAGCAUUCCAGCUCUUAUUAAUAUCCAUUUGAGCAACUUAUUUCGUUUAUAUCUUUGGGCUUAGGUAUUUUCAUAUCUAAAAUGUUGAAUUAGAUAACCUUCUGUCCUAAAUCUUAGGGUCCUCUGUAGAAAAUGGGUUAUACAAAAACUAAAAGAAUCCACCGGGUGUCAGGAAGAACUCAAAGCUUGUCCAGUUCAGAAAGGAGCAAAGUUUAUCUGAUGUUUACUCUCCUUCCUCCUUUCUCCAUGAUGAUAUGCUUUCAUUCUCAAUUAUAAGAAAUACCAAGUUCACUUUGCUCUUCUGUUUACGUUUUUAUGUUCCUUUUUUCCUUCCUUUUUCUUCUCUUUAAAUUUUUCAAAGUAGAACCAAUCCAGGAUCUCUGCUUUUCUUAUUUAAUUCUCUCCAUACCCUUUAAAGAUAAUAAAGUUCUGAAGAGACACUUGUUUCUUUUUCUUCCAUUAGAAUAUUAGUAUUGCAUCAUCAUGUAGCUUUUUCUGGUAGCUCAAAUAAAUUUACCUAUCUAGGUUUCUCUGGA